CUUUGACCUUGAGCGUGACCUUGAGCGUGACCUUGGCGUUGGCGUUGGCUGCUCACCAUUUCCUCCUCCUUCACGCCGUUGCUGACUGCACUGAGCUGCGUGCACUGACAUCCCGUGCUUUGGUUUGUCGCUGCUUCGUUGACACAGAGCAACACAGAGCAACACAGAGCAACACACCACCACCAAUCAUGUCUUCAACGGAGAGGUUGCACCCGCUCCUGGAAGUGUUCACGGUUUGGGACGUGCCCACGUUCCAUCUCGUGAUUGAGGGCGUGUUGAUCGCCUUGCUCGUCUACGUCUUCUCCCUCAAGCGCUAUCGCCCCAAGCAGCGCAACGUCAAACUCACAAAGCAGGAGGAGGAAGAGUUGCUGCGGGAAUGGAAGCCAGAGCCGCUUGUGGAGCCAGUCAAGGAGCAUCUCCCCGAUGAGGGCCCUGUCGUCGAAGGCGUGGCUGGCGUGACCUUGACCAUCGGAGGCGAAGAGAAGAUCAACAUGGGCACCUACAACUUUCUGGGCCUCGUCGGUGACAAGCGUGCUGAGAAGGGCCUGGAGGCGUCGCGCAGCAAAGUGGUGUUCUUCAAGCACAACGACAUGAAGGAUCUCAAGGCCAAGUUGGAGGAGCAGGCCGUCAUUGACCGCAAGGACCGCAACAAGGCGAUGGCGACGCGGCGGUUCAUUGUUGUGGAGGGCAUCUACGCCAACACGGGUCAGAUCUGCCCACUCGACGAACUUGUGAAGCUCAAGUAUCAGUACAAAGUGCGGCUUGUGGUUGAGGAGUCAAUGUCCUUUGGUGUUCUCGGCGCCUCGGGCAAGGGCGUCACAGAACACUUCAACGUCAAGAUGGAGGAUGUUGACAUGGUGUGCGUGUCGUUGGGCAUGUCACUGGGCUCCAUUGGGGGCUUCUGCUGCGGGCGCAGCUUUGUUGUCGACCACCAGCGCCUUUCGGGCCAGGGCUACUGCUUCUCCGCGUCGCUGCCACCGCUGCUUGCCAACGCCGCCAUCUCAAACCUCAACGUGCUCGACUCGGGCGAGGGCAAGGACCUCCUCCGCUCCCUCCGCGCUAACAUCGCGCAUGUCCAGAAGCGUGUCCAACAGAUUGAAGAGUUUGAGUGGUCUGGGGCGCCAGGCUCUGCUGUUGUCCACGUGCACAUUUCGCCCGCUGCUGCAAAGCGCAACAGCAUUUCCACACACAACCAGGAGGACCACGUUCUUGAGGACAUGUGCAACAAGGCUCUGGCAGAGGGCGUUGCGUUUGUUCGCGCAAACUACAUUGUCACAGAGGAGAAGUUCCCGCGCCGCCCAUCCAUCCGCUUGGCCGUGUCGGCGAAGCACACACAGGAGCACCUUGACCAGGCAUUGGAUGUGCUGGCACGCAUUGCAAAGACAACGCUGUCUAACUGA